AUGGGUUUGUCUCUGAAUAGUAGAAGACUAAGCGAAACACGACCGGAUAUUCAGCUUCCAAUGGAUUUGGUGACAGAGAUCCUUACGAGACUGCCUACUAAAUCCCUGAUGAGAUUCAAGUGUGUCUCAAAGCUAUGGUCAUCUCUCAUUCGCUCCCAAUACUUCAACAGGUGUUUCCUUAAGGUCCCAUCGCAACAACAACAUCUUUACAUAUGUUUAUCAGACAGCAGAGACAACCGUAACUCUAUAAUCCUCUCAUCAUCAGCUCCUCUCACUACUCCUACUGCGUCUACCUUUGUAGUUAACAACGACGUGGCCAUCCAGUGUAGAGGAUACUACUCCCGGCAGAAUGUUAAUGGCUUCAUGUGCAACUCAUAUUCUAAAGCAAUGCCCCGAAUGUACAACCCUACCACCAGACAACUUGUGACCUUACCAGCCAUAUAUUCAGAACCUCAAGAACAUUCCAGGUUCUUCUACGGUUUCGGACACGACCCUGUUAACGACCAGAGCAAAGUAAUAUGCUCAGCGAGGACAUCCUCGGGCUUUCCAAGUUAUACAAGAAUAUCAGAGUAUUGGGUCUUAGACCUAAAACCUGGAGCCUCUUGGAAAAAGGUGACUCCUGCUUCAGUUGAUUUUUGUCUUGAUCACGUUCCUCUUCUCAAACCAGGACUGUCUUUCAACGGGGUUAUAUAUUCUCUGGGGUUGAUUCAUGAUAUUCAUGCGAAUAAUUAUGUGGUUGUGAGCUUCGAUAUUGGAUCUGAAGAGUUCAGAACGAUCCAAAUUCCUAGUAUAGAAGGAUUGAUCAAGGAUGUGACUCUUAUAGAGUAUGGUGGAAAACUAACUGUUUUUGACCAUACCCAUCUUACGAACGAGGGUAAGUUUUUUUUAUGGGUUUUGGAAGAUGCCGGGAACAAGGAAUGGUCGCGCAAGACUCUGGUUUUGAAGCCUACUCAGCUCCAUUUGGUCAAUGACAUUAUUUUUACGGUAAAGGGUACAACUCAAAGUGGCAAGGUUUUAUUGAUACCAGAUCUUCUUCUUUCUCCCUUUCACAUUCUCUGCUAUGAUCUGCAAAACAAUGAUAUGAGAAAGAUUGACAUCAUAGGUAUACCAAACCACUGGUUAUUUAGGGCAACACACAUAAGGUUUGACCUGAUGUUUAUGGAUCAGAGUGAGAGCAUCAUGCACUUGGACACUUUAACGAAUCUUUUCUACUUGUAA